AUGGCGUUGGUAUCCCAAUGUUACGAACUGCUACUCAAUAAUAUGGUCCCUAAAUACCCGGUGCCCCACUCCGGCCAAGGUCUGUUGUACAUGAAUGGGGAUAGAAACGCAAGCCGCAUUGGGAGCGUGGGGGGAGAUAUGACAUUUCGGAAUUAUAUUGGUCGAACCGGAGGGCUCGUUAUGCAAACCCGAUCUGAUCUAGGAUUCCUUUAUUCCUUUAUCGUAGGAGCUGAAAUUAUAAGCCAAUUAUCCAUCAACCGUCUACUUCUUCAUAACAAGACAACAUUUAGCGAUAGCUCAAGGUGGCGUUGCAGAACCCCAAGGGAUGAUGAGCGCUGCCGGUUGUCGAAAAGGGCAGCGCUAUGGGCACGGCCUGCAACGAAUAUCCACGCACUCCUUCGGGCACUCCUUCGGGUUCUGCGACUCCUGAUUAUCGCCGGGGAAAAAGGACAAAUCAUAAUUAUUCUCGUAGAGGCAACAUCCCUAGAACACGUAAGGAUAGCUGCCGUGAUCGAAAUUAGUAGGGAAGACAUCAGGAGGAAAUCGUAUGUAUGCAUAAAAUUAUCGACCGACUGUGGUCGACGGAAGAUUUCCAAAGAUUGA